CCACACAAGCAGAUUGGGAGAGUUUGGCAGGCCCAAGGCCGGGGGAGCUAUGGACCAGGUGGCACGGGCAGGGAGCUUACAACCAACCAAGGAGGAAGGAGGAGGAGGAUCGGUUGAACAGGCUGCUCUCGUUUGUUGAGAACCAGCAGAGGGAAGCAGCAGAGAAGAAGAAAGUGGAACAGGAGAAGAAGCAGCAGGAGGAAGAAAGACAGAGGUUGGAAGAAGCGAAACAGAGGGAGGAAGCUGAAAGAUGAAGGGCGCAGCAAUUAUGGAGUCUACGCCUGCGCAAGCUUUCGCCAAACAGAUGGCGGUCCUAGAGGAGAAAAUCAAGGACCACGUACAAUCCACGCUUAGUGCGUCAGAGGAGAAGAGUGCGAGGCUUCACGAUAGUUUGCUGAGGUUUCUGGAGCGUGCAGAUGGGGAUGUACUGAGGCGGACCAGAGAGGAGCCAUAUCUGAACCCAAGAAGGAGGCUCGACCUGGAUGACUAUGAGAGGGGAGGUGACACUGGAGUAAGGAAUGCUGCUGCACCGGCUACUAAGAGACGGACAGUGGUAACAACCAAAGGGAAGGAACCAGUGGACACAGAGGCAAGGAAGAAAGGAGCAGUAGCUUCGUGUUCCAAGCAAGGGGUGAUUGAUUUUGCUCUUGAGGUGCGAGGGAGUUUACAAGCAAAGCAAGCUCUUGAGCUCAAGCUACUAUGUAAGAGGAAGAACAUCACGUGGGUGUCGAAGGCACAGGCGGUUAAAGACCUGGCGGCAGCAGAGACUAGGGAGGCGUACGAUGGUUGGCUUACCGGGGCUGAUGACGGCGAGGGUAGGAAGGAGGACAGGGUGGCAGAUGGAGAUGUGGAGCCCCAUGCAGAUUGACGGUGCGCCCCCCCAGCGCGGUACCUCUGGGGCAAGCUCCUAAUGUACAUGGGGCUUCGAGAGAGCGUCUGGGGGACGUAUGGCUUGACGA